GGUCAGACGAGGAAGAGGAGGAGGGGGGAGAGCGUCUGUUGUCGGCGGGCAGCAGGAAAGAGUUUGGCCUCUUGCUGAAGUUUUUCACCACCAUGGGCUACGCGGAGCGGGUGGUGAGGAGGGUGGUGUUCCGGACGGGGCCCAGGGAGGCCUCGGAGAUCCUGGACCUGGUCCAGCAGGAGCAGGACCGCAGCGACCGCCAGGCGAGGGAGCGGAACCGGCCGAGCGAGACCGAGCACCGGGAGGACGACGGCGGGAAAGGGAGGGGGGAGCGGCGGGGCGGCGGCGGCGGCGGCAGGGGGGAGGAGGCGGGCGUCCUGGCAAAAGCGGACGAGGUGGAGCGGGGGCGGGGGAGAGAGAAGGCCGGGAGAGUGCCCGACUUGGGGGACGUGGUGCCCCUGGAGGGGCUCCAGGGCCGGGGGGAGGGGGUCGAGGGCGAGGACUUUGUCCUCGGGGUGCUGACAAAGGCCGCCGUGAGCUGCGGCUACGCGGAGGAGAAGGUGGUGGAGGUCUACGGCUCCCUGCCCCAACUCUCCACCCACCAGCUCCUCCUGCAGCUGCAGCGAGAGGAGGGCGGAGCCAGGGAGACGGAGGCGUGCGGGGCAGCGGGGAGAGGGAGGGAGGGACCGAGGGAGGUGGACGAGUCUGGCCUUGAGGUGCCAGGAGCGGGGGAUUCUCGGAAAGGGGGAGUUGGAGCGUUGGAGAAACACAGCGGGGAGGAGGCGACGGCAGAGUUUGCUUCCACUGGUGUGGAAAAGGGAGGGGCGAGGAGGAAUGUGAACAGACCAGCACAUGUGGAGGGGGGAGGAGGAGGGGACCUAACCACAGCUGUGUCACUCACCCGACCGGAUCAAGCCCAGUUGAAUGUCUCAAACCGUCUCCGACUGUCUCCACCCCCGCCCAACCGCUCUCCUCUGACGACACUCCCCGCGCACCCUAACCAGGCACACCCUCCCUUCCACGCCAGCCCCAAGAGGGUCAGAGGCCCCCCCCAAAGCACCUACCCCCCCACCCUGCACUUCCCCCCAGCCAGCCCCCCCAAGCAUGGCCCCCGACCCACCUACCCCCCGACGCAAACUCCCCAGCCCCCUUUCCUCCUUCCUCCACCCACUGGCCCACUUCCCCCCAUCCAAAUCCCCUAUUUCUCCACCAUCAGCAGCCCCCCUGCCCCCACUGUGAGAGACCGACGGGGUCUCCCGGUCAUGCCAGCAGGGUCAGGGGCGGUAGUGACGGGAGAGCAGCGCUUCCUGGAGGGGCUGCAGACGACCUUUGACCUCCAGUUGACUGGUGACCCCGGUGACCCGGGCCUGAGGAUGAUCAUCAUCGACGGGAGUAACGUGGCCAUGAGUCAUGGGCUGGGCCAGUUCUUCUCCUGCCGAGGUAUAGCCCUGGCCGUGCAGCACUUCUGGAACCGAGGUCAUCGCCAAAUCACUACCUUCGUUCCACAGUGGAGAUCCAAGAGAGACUCCAGGGUCAAAGAACAGCACUAUUUAACGGAGCUGCAGACCCUGGGUCUUCUGUCCUACACUCCGUCCAGAGAGGUGCAGGGGAGGAGGAUCAACUCUUACGAUGACAGGUUCAUGCUGCAGCUGGCCCACAAGACAGAAGGGGUGAUCGUGACCAACGACAACCUCCGAGACCUCCUGGAUGAGUCGCUAGAAUGGAUAGAUAUCAUCAAGAAAAGACUGCUUCCGUACACGUUCGUGGGGGAUCACUUCAUGGUGCCGGAUGAUCCGCUCGGCCGAGGAGGGCCACACCUGGAUCACUUCCUGCGCUCCCAGCACAGCCACCCUCGGCCUCACACAGAGGUCCUGCAGUUCCGUGAUCGGACACCAGGGGUCCCCACCGGCCCAGAGUUCAGCUCUGGCCCAGGGCAGGGGAAGAAAGGAGGCAAGGGGAGGGCAGAGCCCUGUGGGCAGGGCAGGGGCCAGGGUCCCUGGGCAGAGAGGAGUCCCGCAGACACAGCCAGGCUGAGGGAGGGCCUGUCUCAGGUGUUCCCGGAUCAGGACAGCAUGGUGACCCUGGUCCUCCAGUGCAAUCCCACUGUGACGGACAUCAACUCGCUGUCUCACCUCAUGCUGGAGCAGCAGGGGGAGCCAGAGUGAAGGCAGAUGAGAGGACGUAGGGAAGGGGGCGUCGUCUGAGAGCAGGAGGGGGAGAAGGGUGGAUGCGUUUGUAGAGGGUUCAUUGGGGACCUUUGGGAAGCACGUUUACCACAGAAUACCGGUGAAUUCUCCUCGUGAAAUGAUGAUUUAAACAAAGACAAUUGGAAAUAAUUGACUCUGUUCUUAUAACUAGAGUGCUGGAUCAUACUUGUGGUGUUAAUAAAAUGGCAGAUUAGUGUUUACGACCAGUUUUGUGUUGUUUCAAAUCAAAUCCUUUUAAAUGCUGUUUAAACAGUUGUGCUGAUUCUCUACUGAAGGAAACUUUCAGAUACCCUGUGUCAUUGUACAAAGAUACUAUGAAAUUAUUUUAUUUGACAAAUUGUUUAUUAAUAAAUUGGAGAUGUCACAAUA